AUGGCCUUGCCCUUCUCUCCCAACACCGUCGACAUGUCAGGCCAGAUGAUCCACUCUCCACUACCACCUCGUACCUCUCGCGGUUCUGGCACCCCAUCCGUUCACCGCUCUUCACGCGUUGAGAAACCAAAGAGUCACCACAACAGCCCGCGAUCCAUGGAGAGGAGAAAGACGACUACAGAGACCAAGCUCUAUGCCACCCUGGAUGAUCAUUUCAAGAUGAUGUUUGGCGUAUCCCCAGAGGAAGUCGAGGAGGAGCGACCACAACCCAGCAGGCCUGUGAGCUGGCAUCCUUGUUCAAGCCAAUUCCAAGCAUCUCGACCGACGACGUACUUUGAUCACACCCCCCAACAGCCUUGCUCACAACAAUACUCGCCGUCUUCCCGCAAUUCCCACCACGGCUCCGACUUUUACUCUCUCUCCACCCAUGAUUCCAUGUACGAACCAAGGCCCAAUGCUGGCAUGCAGUCGGCCGUCUAUGGCAGGCACCAAGGCUCCGACGACUCGGAAGUCAACUGGCAAGCCUCUCAACAGCAAAACUCUGGAUACGCACACUCGACCGUCAACACACCCAUGGCCGAGCCCCUUCCUUGGUACCUCCAGCAAUGGGCCCAGCAGAACCAAGCACAAGCCAUGAUGGACCCUUAUACACGCUCGACAGACUUCUUGCCAAUCCAACAUCCCGCCGGGCAAGACGAAGACAUGGAAGAAGAGGAGGAGGAGGAGGAGGAGGAAGAAGAAGAGGGCGAGAAGCUCGUGGCGCUGGGUCUUUACGAUGCCCCUGAGCCUUCGUUGACAUGGGGCGCAGCUACCGAAGCAACUGGCAAAGGACUCAAGCUAGAGGAAACAUGGCAGCCACCAAACGACGACGAGGACGAGGAGGAAGAGGAAGACGGUGACGAUGCCAGCUCAGAGGCCAGUGUCGAGGAACCAUCACCACCCUUUCCCCUGGCCAACCCUUGCACCCAGCACAUUCCAGUGCACGUCAAGUCGCAGACUCCAGGCAGCAUGGAGGGCCAGAGCUUCUUCUUCGACGAGGACGAAACAGUCUCCAAGGAAUGGUGGUACCAACAGCUCAAACAGCCGACGAUGCCAGUGCGGGACACUGGGCUCGGCUACGGCUGGCUGUAG